UGCAAUAUUGCAGGGAUCAUCAACUAUAUUCAGGUCCGCACGAUUUCUAAUUGAACCCUUGGAACGGAUGGUCAGAUGGCCGGAGUCCCGGAGCAUAAUUUCAAAUCAUUUUCAUCGAAGUGGGAGGAGUAUUUCGAAUAUUUGGGGGCGUAGUCAACCAUAUAAACUGACCAAUGAGCUUACGAAGUAAUUGGAAGUGGUGAUUUUUAAACUAAGUGUGUUAUGAACAAACAUACGUUUUUUUGUAAUGAAGUAUAAUUCUUUCACGUGAAAGUACAUUUGUAGAAAAUGUGAGAUUCGUUUUAAUCUAAUGUACGGUGUAAAAAAAAAGUGAUUUGGAUUGCUUUUUAGCUUUGCACGUCUUUGUGCUCCGCAACGACCCGUAGCUAACGUUAUUAGCUAAGCUAGCUUUGCUUUGGCCAGACAAUAUGCAGAUGGUUAGAUACCUAAAGGCGUUAACUUAGCUACACAUAUCCCAACCAGCUGGUUAUUUACACCAGGGUCCGUUUUCUGCUUGUUAAUUCACACAUCAGAAGUAUAUAUCGCACUAUAGCGUAAUGUCAUAUUUGUGUGUAUAGAUAGCUAGGCUCACAGUAACGUUAGCUGCCUCAACAUAUUAGCUACAUUCUGCAGAGAUGUUGGAGGAGGAGCAUACAGACAGACAGCACCAACUUGCCAUGUUAUGUCAGAAGCUCGACCGAAUUAAAACAAGAUAUUUAAUCGAAGAUGAAACUGAUAAUAUCAACCAGGCCAUUGGCUCAAAUUCCCCUGAAACGUGUCUCGCAUAUCUGAUGGAUUUGGAGAAGAAAGGAGACCCUCACUUGGAUCCUAGUCAUCUCACAAAGCUUACAGACUUCUAUUCCCGUGUAUUCUCAACUAUGCCACUGGGAAAACACUGCAAAAAUGAGAGCUAUGCCAGAAUGCUGGUCAGAUUUGCAGAGCUGUAUGUAAUCCAAGACACCAAGGGGGCAGAGGACAACUUCAAUGUUGCGACUACACACUGCCAGGAUUUUGCUUUUGUCCACAUUGCACAUGCUCAGUUUGAACUGUCUCAAGGCAACACAAAGAAAAGUACUUGGAUACUUCAGAGGGCCAUUGAACUGAGUGCCAAACCCAACGACAUGCUAGAGGCUGCUAUGCAGAACUUGACUUUGGGCAAAGCAGAACUUCUUUCCUCUGAGGAUAAGGAAAAUGUACCAGUCUCAACUUAUAAUACACAUGGUUCUGCGAAAAAUGGAACAGAAUUUCGCAAAGUCUCGAGAAACUCCGACUGUACAGGCGACUUGCAGCUUUCCAGUAUUUUUUCUUCAGGAACAAUGGAACCACGGAAUGGACCCCGAGAGGACAAGGUUCCAGCUUGGAGGUCUGGUUCUCAACGAAAGAGAGCCGUUGGCAUGGCAGGGAGAGAGAGCAGUAGACUACAGGCAAUCUCAGAAAUGGAUGAUGAUGACAGUGAUGGAAGACAAGUGAAGAUGGAGGCUCUCAUCUCAAGUAGCUUGUCCAGGCAAACUUCUGGUUCAAGUGCGAUGUUAUCCUUGUCCUCGGCCAAGAAGCGUGUUGAAGAUGGGGAUUUCCUCAAUCUAAAGACACCUAUCAUUAGCCCUGAGCCAUGCCCAUGGAAGGACAUGAGAAUUGUGGACUCCACCACUACACUGCUGCACAGGCAAGAUAGGAGAGAUGACACUAGGAUGGAAGAUACCACUGACAAUAUAAACCAGAUAAUUGGUUCCAACUCCCCUGAGGCUUGCCGGAUGUAUCUGACCAAGCUGGAGAAGAGGGGCAAUCCUCAGACAGACACCAACCUUCUCCUAAAGCUGAAGGACAGCUAUUCCAGAGUCUUCUCCAGACUGCCAUUGGGAAUGUACAGCAACAGUGAGAGCUAUGCCAAGAUGCUGGUCCGAUAUGCUGAACUCAAAGGCAUUGAUGACCCAGAUGAUGCUCGGGACAACUUCAUCGUUGCGAGAUCCAACUGCAAAAGCUUUGCCUUUGUGCACAUAGCACAUGCUCAGUUUGAGGUUGCUCGAGCUCAGGUCAAGAAAGGCACGUCAAUACUACAGAAAGGCCUCCAGGUGAACGCAAAGCCCACUGAACUAAUUGAGACUGCAAUGCAGAAACUAAAAGCUGGGAAUUAUCAGUUUCUCCCCGCAGAAGACCGAGAGAGUCUCCCAGAGCCACUGUCUCACGGGUCAUUGAGUCUGUCAAACUAUGGUAGAGAGAGGGAGCUGGAGAUUCCCACCCGUUUACCUCUGAGCCAGACACAGCCCAAACCCUCUAGCAUGGAGCUGUCUUCAGGGUGGAAAAUACCAGCCCAUGUAAGCAGAGUCGUGUCUCCAGAGGAGAAGCACACCCCUCCUGAUUUCACGCCCAUUCCACGUCUGGUGGACUCUCUACCCACCCCAUCACUUCCUCUCCCGUCCAGACUCAACCCACCCGUCGCCUGCCAGAUGCCCAACUACAAAGACACCAGGGCCAACAGUUACUUUACCCCUGGGGUCAAGAGGAACUCCCCAUAUGCGGGCCCUCUCUCAGCAGCCCAUAAAGCCGGCCCUGCCCAGCAGCAGCCGUGCACCCCCCUCAGCCAGGUGUCCUAUGCCCAACAGACCCACCAGGGUUCUGCCGUUGCUCUCUCAAACGAGUCCAUUGUGAUAAAGGGCAAACGGUUCCUCGUCCUGAAGAUGAUUGGCCGAGGUGGAUCCAGUAAGGUGUACCAGGUUCUGGACCAACGUAAUCAGCUGUUUGCUGUGAAGUAUGUGAACCUGGAGGAGGCCGAUGCCCAGACAGUGGAGAGCUACAAGAACGAGAUAGAGCAUCUCAAUCGCCUGCAGCAGUACAGUGAUCAGAUCAUCAAGCUGUAUGAUUAUGAAAUAACCAACAGCUACAUCUACAUGCUGAUGGAAUGUGGUAACCUGGACCUCAGCACCUGGCUACGCAACCGUAAAACUAUCAACCCGCUGGAGAGGAAGUUAUACUGGAAGAAUAUGCUGGAGGCAGUCCAGACCAUCCACAAACAUGGUAUUGUCCAUUGUGACUUGAAGCCAGCCAAUUUUGUGAUUGUGAAUGCCUCGCUGAAAUUGAUUGACUUUGGCAUUGCAAACAGCAUCCAGCCUGAUGUGACAAGCAUUAUGAAAGAUUCUCAGGUUGGGACCUUGAACUACAUGCCCCCUGAAGCCAUCAAAGACACUUCAUCCCAGCCAGGGAAGGCAAGCUCUAAGAUUAGUACUAAAGGUGAUGUGUGGUCCCUUGGUUGCAUCAUGUACUGCAUGACCUAUGGGAAGACUCCAUUCCAGACCAUCACCAACCAGAUCACCAAGCUACACGCCAUCAUUGACCCGACCCAUGAGAUGGAGUUCCCUGACAUUGCAGAGAAGGAUCUGCUGGAUGUGUUGAAGAGGUGCUUGGUACGAAACCCAAGAGAGCGGAUUUCCAUCGCGGAGCUGCUGGAGCAUUCAUACCUAAAGCUUCAGUCUCAGCAACAGUCACCUGUGCCAGCACCUCCUGACAAUAAUGAUCUGAAGAGGAUCCUCAACGAGCUCGCUGCCUUACAGUCUCCCAACAGCAUUGCCAGGGCUGCUAAUAACUUGGCGAAAAUGUGCAACAGUGGUCGGAAACUGGACGCUGCAGGGUGUGUAAAGUCAUCCAGCCAUCUCAACUGGAAGAUGUAGAUGCUCCACUGAUGGCCUAAAAAAAAACAAAGGGGUCAGCAGAUGGGACUCCAUUCCUAGCCUAAGUCGAGCUUUACCCAAUAGAUACACUGCCGAUUCCAUGCUUCAGCACAACCGGAAAAAUACAUGCUGUUUGGCAGUACACUGGCCCUGUUUGAAUACUUUGAAAAUGUUUCCUUCCCCUUUUUAAAGUAAUCACUGAUCUGUCAUGUCUGGAAUGGUGAAAGCUAUGAAGUGGAACCUUUGCUUUUAUUCUAUCCAAGUAUGUUAGAUCAGUGAUAACACAGAGGAUGGGAGGAAAGAAGGAAGCAUUUGAACUGUUUUUAAGCAGGGUCCAUAAAUGCCCUUGAGAGCUCUACCAUCUCCAUGUUUUAUUCUCUCAUGUCUUCAUGACUUCCCCUUGCUCGCAUCUUGAAGGAUACGGAUCUACACUUUUUUUUCUUUUUAAGAUGGACACUUUUUUUUGUGUUUCCUUACUUUGCACAUUUUACUGUACUCUCAAACAUGUAACUACAAAAAAAAAUGCUCAACAAAUGAACUAGCUAACUGUAUUAUUGAUGUUUAUUUAUUUCAGCUGUCAAUUUCAUCUGUAGUUAUUUAUAGGUGUGUGUAUAUACAGUUGAAUUCGGAAGUUUACAUACAUGUUAGCCAAAUACAUUUACACUCAGUUUUUCACAAUUCCUGACAUUUAAUCCUAGUAAA